UCCUUUGAAACUUGCCAUAAGGUUUGGAGCCAACCAAGGUAUAGAGCAGAUAAAAUGGCACUCGCAAUCUGGGCUUCUUCUACAGCCAAUGCACUGAAAAUCUCUUGUGCCUCCAAAUCUCACUUAGCUCCUGCAUACUCCCUCUCUCGAUGCUUCUCUACAGUUUUGAAUGGGUUGAAGUAUGCUGCUUCACAUGAAUGGGUGAAGCAUGAAGGUUCAGUGGCCACAAUUGGCAUCAGUGACCAUGCUCAGGACCAUCUGGGAGAAGUGGUGUUUGUGGAGCUGCCAGAAACUGGGGGUUCAGUCGUCCAAGGAACCAGCUUUGGAGCAGUUGAGAGUGUGAAAGCAACUAGUGAUGUAUACUCCCCAAUCUCUGGAGAAGUCAUUGAGGUCAACACAAAGCUUACUGAAUCACCCGGCACGAUCAAUUCAAGCCCAUAUGAAGAAGGAUGGAUGAUCAAGGUGAAGCCUAGCAAACCAGCAGAAUUAGAAUCGUUGAUGGGUCCGACGGAAUACACGAAAUUCUGCGAGGAAGCAGAUGCAGCACAUUAGAACCAAUUCAUAUCUGUGUUGCACUACUGAAUUAACAUUUGGUUAUAAGUACUUCCCUUGUGCAUUUUUCAGUUGUUACAGAAGUUACAGUUUCAGCUUUGUCCGUCCAGUUUGUUUCUUCAUAAUGGACCAUCUUCCAAAUCGAUUUUCGGAAAUGCAGAGCAAGUAUUGUUAAUCUC